AUGAGCCACGGUCGAAGAGGCAAAAGGCGACACCUGACUCCCUCCGACUGCCUGUCCUUGAGCAACAGCCGCGAGGGGGCUUCCUCGCUGACCCAGCCGUUGGCCUGCGGCCGGGGGGAGAGAGACCCGAACGGGGGCCUUUACCCCAGGCACGGGAAACGACCUUCUCGCCGGCGACUCGCCCUUCGACGCGUGUUUCCCACCAGGAAGCCCGGAGCCGGGCGAGGAACGCUGCUUCCCGUGGACGGGAAUUCCGGGCCAGAGCGGCAACGAACUCGGGAUUCCCACGUCAUAAGGCGGUGGGCAUCCCAGGAACCCAGGGCGCCUCGACCCGGCGUGUCCGUGACGUGGCCUGCGCUUGAGGACGAAGCAGCGGCAAUCGAUCCGCUCCCCGACUCUUACUUUGGGCUGUUGGGGUGCGCUCGUUCCCAACCCCCCGCGUCCGGGCACGUCGGCCAGCUUCCCGACGAGCUGCUCCGGAUGAUAUUCUGCCUCCUGCCGGCAGCGGAUCUGUACCUGAGUCUCAGCCCCGUCUGCCGCCAAUGGCGACGGGUCAUCAGAGAUCCAGCGUUUGUACCCUAUAAGAAGAUGUACUAUGGAUACAGGAAGGGAGAGGAGACUGUGGUGGAGUGUGCAGGCCAGAUCCUGAACGCGAAUAGUAUCACAGCGGAGGACAACUUGUGUCUCCUGAAUCUCGUCAAGUUCAUGGCGUCCUUUAAACAUGCCCGAUGUGUGGAUCCCGAAGCUGUCUUGUGCUGCUUGAAGGAUCACCCGCUUUUUAAGCGUUCUGAAGCCUGCGUUGUCCAGAGAUUGCCUGAUUUGGUGCAAAGAUCUGGGGCCGCAAAGGUUUGGGCGGUGAUGUGUGUGAUCGUCCUCCUGUCCAUCAGCGUCAAAGACGUCCAGAGACUCGUCACCGGACUGCGUGAGUCUCGAUCCACUCUGCCUGCGAGUGAGCUGAGCGAGACUCUCUCCUGCCUGGCCACUCUGCUGUUUGCCUCGAGGGAAAGAGGCAUUAACCUCAGCAACAGGAUCCACUACAACCUGUUCCAUGUUCUGUACCUGAUGGAAAACCCAAUGUACCUCAGCAAGCGACCUUUCACGAAUCCCUAUCAAGCUCCUCGGCUGGUGGCUGAUGUCGAAGUCUUGACCUCAGAGCAGCAAUGUAUCCUGAGCCACGAGAUCGCCCCGACACACGUGGUAAAGAUCGCCGCAUUUGCAGGUACUGGUAAGACAUGUACGCUGAUCUGGUACGCACAGCAACGACCUCACCUCAGGUUCCUGUACGUGGCUUCAUCUGAGUCCGAUGCAGUACAGGCCAGAAGCCUCUACACCCCUAAUGUCCAGUGUGUGACCAUGGACGCCAUGGCUUAUCACUACGAAGGCUACAAGUACCAACGUAGGAAGAAACUGAUAUUCGGUGAUCUGAAACCGCUUGCUGUUCUGGGAAUGCUUCGUGAAAGAGGUGUUGGGUACAUCAGAGCGAAGCUCCUCUGUAGGACUCUAUCGUCGUUCUUCUGUUCUGCAGACGAGGAGAUCUCUGUGGCUCACGUGCCCGAAAUAUGUAACAACACCCGUGGAGAUGUUCAGCUAAUGGAAUACAAAGAGAAAUCGAAACUGGCUGAAGACGCAGGAAGGAUUUGGAGGAAGAUGGUGAAUCUUCGCGAAACGAAGACAAGUGGUUACUUCAUGACUCGUGACGGAUGCCUGAAACUCUGGCAACUCAGCAAACCCAGUCUGUGGACGUUUGAUGCGAUCUUCGUAGAUAAAGCUGAAGAUUGCAGCCCAGCGAUCUUGGAUAUUGUGCUCUCACAGAAAUGUGGGAAGUUCCUUGUGGGAGAUCGGCACCAGCAGAUCCACAGCUUCAGUGGUGCUGGCAAUGCCCUGUGUGAAGCCCCUCACACUCACACCUACUGUCUGACACAGAGUUUGCGAUUUGGACCCGACAUUGCCUAUCUUGCGGCAACUAUUCUGGAAGUCUGUAAGCACGUCAGAGACAAGACCUUGGUUGGUGGAAGCCUUGAUGACGGCUCGAGAGGGAACGGUGUUGAGCAAAUGGCCAUUCUCUGCAGAGGCGUCCCUGCUGCUUUUGACGAGGCUCUCCGGUUGACUGCUGGGCAAAACCCCUCUAAGAUACAUCUCAUUGGGGGACUCGGUAAAUUUGGGUUAGACACGAUCCUGGACGUUUGGAUGCUUCUGAAACCCGACGAAGAUCCAAAGAGAAAAGAGGCUGUGAUCAGGGACCCAUUCAUCAGGAUAUUUUCCCGGAACGGCGGUUUCCGAGGUUUGAAGGAUUACGUGAGCACGGCUGAGGACGAGGUGCUGGGAGGGAGCAUUGCUGUGGUGGAAAAGUACAGAUUCAGAAUCCCAGGAUUUGUACAGAGGAUCACUGAAUACUCCGUAGAUAUCCCAGCUCUUGCAAAUGUUGUGUUGGGAACGGUACAUAAAGCGAAAGGUUACGAGUUUGACACAGUGCAGAUGAUGGAUGAUUUUGCGAAAGUUCCAGGUUUACAGCUUAAUGGUCACUUGCUCUCUGGAUUCAGUCCGGAUGUGGUGGCCGUCGAGGAAUGGAAUCUGCUUUACAUCGCGGUGACCCGGGCCAGGAAGCAUCUGGUGAUGAGCAAGUCUUUGGAGAACCUUCUCUCCUUUGCAGGAGAAUACUUUCUGAGGACAGAAUUCACUCGCGACCUCUUGAGGGGUGGCUCGCUGCCCAAUUGCCACGUAAAAGGAUGCCCCAACCGCAUUGUGAACGAGGCUGUGUUGACCAUGAUCAAAGGGCCAAGUAUGUACGGGGUGGAAGGUGACCGAAGACAUGAGGCUGGGGGACCUCUGUGCGGCAAGUGUUUGGAACAGCGGGCCGGCCCGUUGACGUACCUUGUAGCCUUCCGGGAGCUCGUAGAGCAGUGAGGAGGAACGCCACACCCUUGAGAGCAUAAGAAUUUUCUGGGCGAAAGAAGACCGAGGUCCGUCUCGUUCGCCUU